GGGACGUUAUAAUAUGACGGUCAAUCUCCACUAUUCUUUGGUAAAAAGUAACCCAAGAGUUGGCGGUGGGUGGCUGCCUUCCAUCUAGACUAUCACAAAAUUAUGGAUUGUUAAUGAAGCUUUUCCUGCUCUGGCGGCAUUAAUACCUUUUCAAGUGGAAGACCUGAAACCAGCAGGUAAAAAAAGAAGAAAAAGAGUACGGGUCUCGGCGGGGGAUGGGAACAGGAAAACAACCUUACUCACCCUAAGAUUCUCAAUUUGCCAUCAUAACACUGCAGUGCUUUACUUCACUGGACCAUCAAUCAACUUCGUACUUACUAGACUUAUAAACUAGACCAGAAUGACAUCGCCACCUAUGCUGCUUAUCCUUGCGGUUCUGAUGUUUGUAAGCUACGAAGUUUGGGGACAUGGACGAUUGUUAGAGCCACCUGCCAGGAAUAUGAUGUGGAGAUUCGGCUAUGAUGUCGAGUCCAACUUUGAAGAUACCGAGUUGUUCUGCGGAGGAAUAGUGCAUCAGUGGAAGGAAAAUGUAAGUGGAAAUUGUGGCGAAUGUGGAGACGCUUGGGAAUUGCCUAGACCACGUGAACACGAAACUGGAGGUAUAUAUGCCGGCAACAUAACUGUUCGCUCGUUCGAGCCAGAAUCGAAUAUUGAUAUCAUCAUUCAACUUGUAGCCAAUCAUAUGGGCUGGUUUCAGUUUUCUCUCUGUCCACGUUCCAGUUGGGAAGAGUGGGAAACUAACGAGUGCUUCGACAACCAUAUUCUCGAACUAACAGACGGGUCAGGGACCGUUUUGAAAGUUCCCACUAACGACACUGGGCUCAUUUUCACGCAAGUACAACUUCCGAAAGGCUUAACUUGCAGUCACUGUGUUUUUCGUUGGCACUGGAUGUCAGGUAACAACUGGGGUAAAUGUGAGGACGGAAUAGAAAGACCUGGAUGUGGUCCGCAGGAGACUUAUCGAAACUGUGCCGAUAUUAGCAUUUUAUCUGGCGCUGGAAUUCGUGGACCAGGCAUUAAUAAUCCAGGUUCUAAAAUACCAGGUCUCUCGACACCGUAACUGUAGAGCUGCACUUGUAUGCAGAACGUUCUCCAAACAUACUGUAUAACGAAUAUUUGUGUUUUUUUUAUCAGUAUAAUUAUAAAAUUAAUUUAUUUUCUAACUUAAUCAACAGGAUGAAAUA